AUGGCGGCAACAGAGGCCACCUAUUCUUUCUCUUCGUCGUCUUCCGCGGCGGGCAGACGGGUCUCCCAACGCAACAGUGUCGCCUCCGUCGGCCUCAAGGCCAAGGAGCUCGAGUUUGUGUACGAGACGCUGAGCAGCUAUGGCGACUACGAGAUCGUGUACUCGACCUGGGUGAAGAAGAUCAACCCCAAGGGCAAGGUCCAAAAGCGUCUGCUCGUGCUGGGGCCGUUCCACAUCUUCUCCUUCAAGAUGGGCACCUUCGGCAAGAAGGGGCUCCAGCGAUGCGGCCACUACUACGAACUCUACGAACUACACGCCGGCAAGCCCGACCAGUUCAACAGCCAGGAGGUGGGUCAGAUCGUUCGGGUGAUCGAGGGAAUCUACCGAGGUCUCCAUCCCGACUUCCCCGAACACUUCACGCAGCAGCUCAUCGUCAACGUCGACCAAAAAAUCCUCAUCGACCCUGCUCCACACGAAGUCGAGCGCAUCGUCGGGCGUGCCGGCAGUUUUGACAAUUUUUGGCACAUCUUCUGCGCGUGGUGCAACUACUACGGCAUCCGCGAUGUGAAGAGCAGCCCGGAGACGAAGGACGCGGCGGCCUCCAUUCAAUUCCUGCCCGAGUUCCAGCGCUACCUGCAAAAGAAGUUCGCCGACAAGAGUCAUGUGCUCGACAAUCCGCCCCUCCAGAACGCCAUUCACUUCAAGGCACUGUGCAAAGCGCUGUAUUUCAAUCGGCAUUUCAAGCACGUGAGUUUGACGGACUACUCGGUGGCGAGCGCGGACGGCAGUCUCAUCAUGGCGGCCAAGGAGCUCCUUCCGCCCGGCAUGGGCGACGAGUCCAUCCCCAAGCUGCCCCGCAGCCCGCGUGGAGCGCUGACGGAGCCGUGGAGCAAGACGCUCGAAACGCAGAUCGUCGAGCUACUCUCCCACACGUCGUCGCUCACCCAUCUCACCCUCUCGUCUCUUCCCCUCGGAGAGUCGUUCUUCAAGAAGCUGAGUGAGUGCUUGAAGAAGCGGCGGUCGUCGCUGCCGUCGUCGUCCGUGGUGGCCUCGUCGGUGGUAUCGCCGCGCUCCUCGCUUGGAUCGUCGGUGUCGUAUUCGACCCUGGCCCCGCCCGCGUUGGGCGAACUCGAACUCGAGUACUUCUCUCUCGCCGGCACCAAGCUCGACGAAAAGGCCUGGAAGCACUUGGGUGAAAUUUUGAAGAUCAUUGGGAACCACAUCUCGCAUGUGGACUUCUCCAACUGCGCCAUCACCCACAAGGGCAUCGCCUAUCUCUCCGAGGCACUCAUCUUUGCCACGGGCGCCAAUCUGCGAUACCUCAACCUCUCUCACAACAUGCUGGGUCUCGAGGGCACGACUUCGCUCAAUCACGUGAUCUCCUCCGGUUCGUGUCUCUAUGAGAUCAACCUCGCCAACUGCGCCCUCGACAUUGCCGAAAUCUGCAAGUACGUCAAGAACAAGGGAUGCGGCGUGCGACGCCUCAACGUCUCCCACAACCCAAUCACAGAAGAGCAAGCCGAGGACCUGGUGUCGCUGGGGCUCUUCACGACGACGCUGCGCCACCUGGACAUCUCGUACACGGGGAUCACGGCGCCCAAGGUGGCCAAGUUCCUGACGGCCCUCCACAACAACAACGACCUCACCGAGCCGGUCGACCUCGACCUCAGCGGCAACCCCGCGCUCCGGCCCGACAUCGCUCCACUCAUCUCCCAGCUGGUGAUCGGCGGAGUCAACAGGCUGGGCGGACUGGUCCUGGACGACUGCGAUCUGCAGGACGCGGGCAUGCAGGAGCUCUUCGCCGCUCUGACGGCCCUCACGCCCGACCUCCAGCUCACUUCGCUCAGUGUGUCGUACAAUGUGACGAAGAGCAAGGGCGACGAGCGCGAGAAGACGGCGACCGCCAUCCACCAGUUCCUGUCCAAGGCCGGCCCGUCCCUCCGAUCCUUCACCCUCCGCGGCGCCGCCCGGCCGCCCGGCCGCCACCACUCCGCCGCCGCUCUGGCCUCGUCGACUUCGUCGUCGUUGCCCGGCGAACACUCGCGCGGCACGCUCAAACGCGGCAGCGCGGCCGACUCGGCGACAAGCCGCGGCAGCACGCUGAAGAAGAAAGACGCCGCGGCGGUGUCGGUGACGUCAGCAGCGACUACAACGCCUCUCCGAUUCGGGCCGGCGCUGGGCGCGGCUCUGGAAUGCCUGGCAUGCGCCGAUGCAGCGGCGCCGGGGCUCGAGCGGCUCGAGGUCGACGGAAACGAGGCGGGCGAGGAGGCCGCGCGGGAGCUGGUGCGUGUGGUCGAGGCCCACCCGAAGCUGGUCGAGCUCGGGUGCGACGACAAUGCGAUCCCGCUGUGCGUCUACGACGAGCUGCUCGACAAGGUGGUCCGGGCGGGCCUCCGGCUCGCGCGGCUCUCGGUGCCGGUGGCGGACGGCCGGCGGAGCAAGGACCGGGAGGCGGCCAAGCGCCUGGUGGAGCGGGUCGAACGGUUCAACCGCGGCGAGAGAGACGCGGCGAGCAGCGAGCAAAAAGCGAAAAGCGAGAAGAAAGAGAAAAAGAAGAAAGCGAAGAAGAACGAAAACGAAAGCGAAGAGGUGGCAGAGACGGCGGCGGUGGAGACAAAGGGAAAGGAGAAGAAGUCGAAGAAGAACAAGGCCAGGGAAGACGAGGCAAAGAGCGAAGCCAAAAGCGAGGAACCAGCCGAAGUGACGAAGGCGACAACAAAGAAAACGAAGACUAAGAACGAGGAAGGAGAAGACAAGAAGAAGAAACAAAACGAAGAGGCUGCGAUUAGCGAAGGAAAGCAGAGCGACGAGACGACACAAAGUGAAGGUCAUGCCAACAAAGUGACGGAGAAGAAGGCAAAGAAGAGCCCCAAGGCGAAGGAGCCCUCGACCGCAGACGUCGAAACCACGACACCAAACGAUGAAGAGGAUGUUGCAGAGAGGAAGAGGAACGAGAACAGCGAGGAGGAGAAUGCAAGCGGCAAGAAGAAAAAGAAGAAAGGGCACAAGCAGCAACAAAAGAAGACGGCGGAUAAUGAGCAGAAGUGA